AAUUCCUCAACAACCAACCCAUCACAUAAAAAUGUCACCAACAAGAGCUUGUCACUCAGGGUACCCAACUCAUCUUCAACUUCAUCUCACCAUCUUCUCUUCCACAAUUCACAAUGACCAUGCCAAUUCAUCAUCUGAUCUUCUUCCUCGCUCUCCUCCUGUCCUCCUGUCCUGAACCUGCCUUCUCUGCUCACUGCACCACCACUACAUCCACCAAGUCUUUCCAGAAAUGCACCUCCCUCCCCACCCAGCAAGCUUCCCUGGCCUGGACCUUCCACCCCCGCAAUGCGACCCUCGACCUCGCCUUCUUCGGCACCUUCAUCUCCCCGUCCGGUUGGGUCGGGUGGGGGAUCAACCCCACCUCCGCCGAGAUGACCGGGACUCGCGCGCUUAUCGCCUUCCCGGACCCGAACUCAGGCCAGAUCGUGCUCCUCCCAUUUGUCCUGGACCCGACGGUCAAGCUCCAAAAGGCACCGCUUCUUUCUCGCCCGCUUGACGACGUCCACCUCUUGUCGUCUUCCGCCACGCUCUACGGCGGGAAACUGGCCACGGUCCACAAUGGAGCUCAAAUUCAAAUUUAUGUCACAUUAAAGCUUACUCCGAACAAGACAGGAAUCCAUUUCGUUUGGAACCGCGGACUAUAUGUCCAAGGCUAUUCACCAACCAUUCACCCGACCACCGAGAAUGAUCUCUCAUCCAUUGCCACGAUUGAUGUCCUGUCGGGAUCCGCCGCUUCUCGGCACAGCAACAUUGGAACUCUAAAGACGGUUCACGGGACCAUAAAUGCCAUCGCCUGGGGAAUCCUGCUCCCUACCGGAGUGGUGAUCGCCCGGUACCUGAGGCAUGUGCAGGCGCUAGGACCCGCGUGGUUCUUUGCUCAUGCCGGGAUACAACUGUCCGCCUUCUUCCUUGGAACUGUCGGGUUCGGCAUCGGGAUUAGGCUCGGGGAAUUGUCUCCAGGAGUGGUGUACGGGCUCCACCGGAAGCUCGGGUUUGCGGCUUUUUGCCUCGGCGCGCUCCAGAUGCUGGCGCUUCUUUUCAGGCCCCGGACCACGCACAAGUUCAGGAAAUACUGGAAAUCAUACCACCACUUUGUUGGGUAUGCUUGUGUGGUAAUAGGAGUCGUGAAUGUCUUCCAAGGAUUUGAAGCAAUGGGCUUAGGCAGGUCCUAUGAGAAGCUGAGCUACUGUUUGUGCCUGUCAUCUUUGAUUGGUGCUUGCAUAGCAUUAGAGGUCAAUAGCUGGGUGAUUUUCUGUAGGAAGUCCAAGGAAGAGAAGAUGAGGAGAGAGGGACUGAUUGGUGGUUCUGAGAAAGCGAGUGGAAGCUACAGAUUGAAUUAGCUCACAGAAAAAAUUCGAUAGCAACUCGGAGUGUAAUACGAAACUCUUUUCUUUCAUCAUUCCUAAAUCGGUUGAUUGCAUUUCGAGAAAUACAACUAUUGUCAGGUUAAA